AUGACCAAAGCCACAUGUGUACCGGUCCAUAGGGACGAUAUCGUCAAGGUACUCCGCGAAAUUAUAAAGCCAGAUAAUCUUGAAAGCAGUAAUCUGUUAUCAAUUCGUGAAGAGCUUAGUAAGCGAUUUCGGAAACCAGCAUCAUAUUUCGACGGACAAAAAGAAGAGGUCAACGAACUGAUCGUUGAGGUACUAAAGAAGAUGCAUCACGAAGGUAAAUUGGCCGUGUCGGUCAAAUCGAAUGGAGUAAAAAGUACAGUAAAGGGAGAAUCGGAAGAAAAGACAAUUACAUCGAAAAGGACAUCUACUGGAGAUGCCUUGUCGGAACCGCCGAAUACAAAUUCAGAGUCUGCUGGAGAAUUUGAAAAGUCACCCAAGAGACGUAAACAAACACAAGAGGCCCUAGAAGAUAACAGGGAACACUUCCAGGAGGAUGAGGAGGUCGUAUCCGAGGAGGGUGAUGAUCUAUAUGAGGAGGAAACGGGAUUUGUCGUUGGACAGGACGAUCUAGAGCGGGAAGCUGCGGGGUUCGCUAAAUUAGGAAUUAAUGUAGAUGAAUAUGACGAUUCGCUUCUAGAUGAUGAAGAAUAUAUCGAUGACCCAAGAGCACGCAGAGCUGCGGAGAGGCGGAUCAGAUACGAGGAACGCCAAAGACAAGCAGAGGGUAAAGGACACCAACAACUGUGGCGGAAAAUACUUAAAUACGAUGAAGAAAAUGCUGAAGAUGUUAUAUUUGAACGUAUCGUACAGCGUGUGGAAAGCAGAAGAAAACAACUGCAUAGAGGUGAUGCAGAUGCACCUGAUUUUACAAUGAUAGAGGGAGCUAAGGCUGUGUUACAAGCAGAUCCGUCUGUCAGCCGUUUUGAUGAAAAGUUCCAACAAGCAAUCGAUACUCUCUUCAGAUAUUUCAUACACAGGUUCAAGUUGAACGAAAAGGAUACCAAGUACUAUUACAUGGAACUUAUAGACAAAAUGAUACAAGAUGAUUCAAGUAUACUCAAAGUAUCGGUACCACACCUCAUGGCGUUCCACUGUGAAAACAUCAUACCGUGGCUAGAGUUUAACCCAAUCGGUGUGUUGCCCGUACUCAACGAUUGUGUCAAUGUUGAAGCACACAGGGAACGAACUAGGUUAUACCGUACCAGAUAUUGCAAGGUAGCACUGCUUGAAUGGCCUUUCUCAACACAAUUAUGCCAUCUCAGAAGCAGAGAACUUAACACACUGGUGAAACUUAGCGGUAUAGUUGUACGCCGUGGACUAGUGCUGCCAAAACUGAGAGUCUUAUACCUUAAGUGCAGCCUGUGUGACUCGGGAUCAGAUUUACCAAUAUACUUCACCGAUCGAGAGAAACCGUUCCACCCUCAAAAGUGCUUAUUCUGUGGGUCAGCAGCGUUUUCCGUUGACAGGAUCAACACAGUUUACGAUGAUUAUCAGAAGGUUACUAUCCAGGAACCACCGCAAUCGGUACUUGCUGGAAGAACGCCAAGACAAAGAACAGUUAUACUCUCAGGAGACCUGGUUGACACAUGCCGACCUGGAGACCUCAUACAGAUACUUGCUAUAUACAAGAGCAGAUAUGAUGUAGCAUUGAAUAUCAAACAUAACUUCCCAGUACUCAAGACGGAACUUGAAGCUGUUGCGGUAGAAGUAGAAACGAACCAAAGCAUCCAAGAGGAUCUCACAGAAGAAGACAUACAACAUAUCAAAAAACUGGCAAAAGAUCCAUGCAUACGUGAAAGACUUAUAGCAUCGGUAGCACCUGCUAUAUUUGGACAGAAAGCCGCAAAAACUGCCAUAUGUUGUGCUCUUUUCGGAGGUGUUGGAAAGGGAACAGGGGCUAACAGGAACGAGCCUGGUUCAAACACCACUAGCUUAUUGUCAGCUAAUCCUACCUCUUCGCACAGGAUUAGGGGAGAUAUCAACGUUCUUUUAGUGGGAGACCCUGGGCUUGGAAAGUCACAGUUUCUCACCUAUGUACAUAAAACGGCUCCAAGAAGUGUACUCACUACAGGAAAAGGUGCUUCAGCGGUUGGUCUUACAGCAGGGCUUAGACGUGACCCUACCACUGGAGAGUGGGCGCUUGAAGGAGGAGCGUUGGUGCUCGCCGAUCUAGGUAUUUGUUGCAUUGAUGAGUUUGACAAAAUGUCAAACAAAGAUCGUGUCUCCAUCCACGAGGCUAUGGAACAACAAUCGAUCUCCAUUUCUAAGGCUGGUAUUGUAACAUCACUCAAAGCAAGAUGUUCAGUGAUUGCAGCAGCAAAUCCUAUAUUUGGACGAUAUGAGCCGUCACUAACAUUUAAAGAGAACGUUGAUUUCUCAGAUCCUAUAUUGAGUCGAUUCGACUUGAUCAUCGUCAUGAAGGAUGUACCAAACACACAUGAAGACCUGCUUCUUGGAGAGUACGUCAUCACAAAUCAUCAGCUGAUGCAUCCAAGAAUUGAAAACGUAGCAAACUAUCAGCAGGUUGUGCAGACACUCAAGAAUAAAAUCAGCUCAUCAUCGGCAUGUGAACCACUUACGCAAAAGGAAUUUGCAAACUAUCUCAGAUAUGCAAAGGCAAACUGUAGGGUAAACUUGCAGGGUUCUAUAGCUCCAUCAGGCAGAAGACGCUAUGGCGGUGGUUACCCAUUAACGCUUCGUCAUAUCGAAUCUGUGAUUCGUAUUUCUGAAGCAAAUGCCAAAAUGAGAUUAUCAAGCCAAUUGAAUUCAAGCGAUGUAGAUCUCGCUAUCGCCACGCUACUGGAGUCGUACAUCUCAUCUCAGCGCCAUUCUGUGGCCUGUAAACUUGCAAGGGAAUAUUCUCGUUACCGCAUGUUGUUUGACGGAGAUGACCAUGUGCUUGUUCAGAUACUGCGCAACACUAUACAGGCACAGAUAGAAAGGAACAUGCGACGUCGUGGUGCUAUGAGCUUGCACCGUAAGGACGACGAUAUGAGCCUAGACAACAACGAUUUGGAUGACCCUGAGGCUGCUUCUGUAGAUAUAUCGCUCUUUAUACAGGUGGCAAAGGGGUUCAAGUUCGACCCAGACCGUGUGACACGUUGGUUACACUCAACAUCCUUCAACGACUCCUUCAAUAUCGUCACUCGCGAUGGAAGGGAGACAAUCGUUGUAAAAUCGUUGUAG